AUGGCCGACAACCCGCACAAUACAAGCGACAUCUCAGACCUUGCCGAACCCGCCGCUGCCACUAGCGAGGACGCCGAGACGACGGCCGCACGCCGCGAGCUGAAGCAGACUACCAUCUCGGAGAAGGCGGGGCAUGUGCAGCUAUCACAGGUCAAUAGGAGCGCCUCAGAUGACGAUGCGCCAAAAGCUGCCCCUCGCAUCACACCGCCAGUCGACUUGGACACGGGAAAGGAUGAUGCCUUGAAGGAUCAGAUCUCGUCGCCAAAGAAGAAGCGAGCCCACGACGAGCUCGAUGAGAACAAAGAUGUUGCCGAAGCCCCGCUCGAGGGUGUAUCUGGCAAUACUCACAGCUCAGCAACAGCCCAGAACAGGACGGACCGGUCCGAGCCCGAGAAGAAGCGGCCACGCGAUCGCCAGGCGAGCGCGUCCGCGGUACAAGGUGGAAAGGAGGAAGUCGAACCUCUCUCCGCCAGCACGUCGCCGAGAUCCAGCAUGGAGCAGCCAGCCAAUACGAGCAAAACAGAGCAGCCCAAGCAAGCAUCCGCCUCUGCCUUCGCCAACUCGGGGUUCGCGAAACUUGCAGCCUCGUCAACCUCGCCUUUUGGAAGCUUCGGCGGGUCAGGCAAGCCCAGCCUGUUUGGCUCGUCCUCAGCAUCUUCCUCGCUGGGCGGCGUCGUCGGCGGCCCCAAACCGUCAGCCCCUGCAGCACCACCAAAACUCAGCUUCGGUGGGGCAGCAGCUUCAUCUCCAUUUGCCGGGCUCAACGGGCAGACAGGUGGGUCCGUGUUGAAGUCGAGUCCGUUCGCAAGCGCUUUCGGCGGCAGCGCCCUGCCUGGGCCACGUCUCAACUUCGGCAAGCCCGGCGAGGUCCUUAAGAGCGACAAGCCGGCCAGGCCCUUUGGUGCGCCGGACAGCGAUGUCGAGGACAAGUCCGGGGAAAGCAGCGACGAGGAGGACACUAAGGGUGACGCCUCGUCCAACGAAGGGGAGGUCAAGGAGGAGGAAGGCCAGAGGGACGAGUCGAAGACGAGCGAGGAUAAGAAGAAGCUCAAGCUGCAGAAGAUUGUGGUCGACGACGGCGAAGGCCAAGAAGUCACCAUCUUCUCGGUGCGGGCCAAGAUGUACGUCAUGGAGAAGGGCGCCGGGGAGUGGAAGGAGCGCGGGGCGGGCAUGCUCAAGGUCAACGUGCCCAAGGAGACGGUCGACCUGGACGAGGCGGCGGGGUUGCCCGAUCCGGCCUCGUUCGACGCCUCGGUGCUGGGGGACGAGCACGAUGAGCGGCGCAAGCACGUGCGUCUCAUCAUGCGGCAGGACCACACGCUGCGCGUCAUCCUCAACACGGUAGUCCUGCCGGCCAUGAAGCUGCAGGUGACUAACAGACUCAAAACGUCGACGGUGCUGUUCACUGCGUUUGAGGAGGGGGAGGGACGGCAGGUUCAGAUGAAGUUGAGCGAGGCAAACGCCACAGCUUUUUCGCAGCUCGUCGAGAUGUUGAAGAGACGGCUCGCAGAUGUCUAG